AUGUCGGGUUCAGAACCCGACACGGAUGGCUCUGCGGUGAUCACCGCAGGGUCCAGUUCGCAGAUACGGUUGGUAAUAGCCGAAACUAAUAACGCGAGUACUGUUGCUAAUCACGGCUUGUUUUCUCCUUGUAUAGACCCGGAGCGUUCCGAAAUUUGUUGUGAGAGCGACCGGUCGCUUUCGGAUGCGUCAGCAAACAACGAUGACGGUCGCGCUGCUACCGACGACGAGGUGCGCGAUCUACUGCACGUAGUCGAUCGAGUCCCCGUCCGGCUCUGGAUCGCAUGUGUUGCUGGCAUUCUGGAGCGCUUUGUUUGGUAUGGGGCUACUUCCCCUUUGCAGAACUACCUGCAAAAUGCACCCGGCGGCGAAGUCCCCGGUGCCCUGGGCUUGGGUCAGGCAACUGCAUCCAAUAUUGUGAAUGCGCUUAUGAUUGGGUCUUGCAUCACCCCUGCAAUGGCUGCUGUUAUUGCGGAUAGUUGGUUGGGUCGCUAUAAGACGAUGUUAUAUGCUGCUAUCAUCGAAUCUAUCGGGGCAACUAUCCUAUUUGCGACUUCGCUGCCUGUCGCUAUUGAGGGGGGAGCUGCUUUGGGUGGGGUGAUUACGGCUUGUGUUCUGCUGGCUGUAGGAUCCGGGGCUUUCAAGACUACCGUGGUACCGUUUAUUGCUGAUCAAUACGAUCAAACCGGCUUUCGAAUCCGCACGCAGAAGACGGGCGAGAAGACUGUGAGCAGUCGAGAGUUGACCAUUACCUAUAUUUACAACGCGUUUUUCUGGGCUGUCAAUAUAGUGGGGUUCUUCGCUGAUUCUACGCCACUGUUGGAGAAAUAUGUCGGCUUUUGGCUGGCCUAUCUGGUCCCAUGCUGCUGUAUGUGGCUGGUCCUGAUUCCAAUUCUUCUUGGCCGGAAUCACUUUGUCCGAGCAUCGCCAACAAGCAACAUCAUGCCCGACGUAGCAACCGCCUUACGGUACGGCGUAGCCGGCGGUUUUAGAAUGGAUGCGGCGAAACCAGAUGCCCAGCUCCAACACCACAAUCGCCAAGUCCCCUGGGCCGACUCCUUCGUCGAAGACAUCAAGCGCAGUCUUCUGACCUGCCGAGUACUUCUCCUCUUCCCCAUCCAUUGGCUCUGCUACAACCAAACGUUCAACAACCUGAUCUCCCAGGCAGGUCAAAUGGUAACCUACGGCAUCCCAAACGACAUGAUGAAAAUCGCCGGCGCCAUCUCCGGCAUCCUGGUCGCACCCAUCAUCCAAAAAGGGCUAUACCCACUCCUCACGCGGAACCAAGUCUCAUUCGGUCCCAUCGCGCGCAUGAUAGUCGGAUUCGUCAUCUUGGCUUUAUCAAUGGCAUACACCACCAUCGUGCAAAAGCUCAUCUACGAAGCCGGGCCUUGCUACGACGCCCCUCUCUCCUGCCCCGCCGCGCACGACCACUCCGUGCCUAACCAGGUCUCCGUGUUCCUCCAGAUCCCGAUCUACUUCGGCGGCGCGAUGGCAGAGGUCUUCUGCCUGACCACAGGCACAGAGUACGCGUAUAACAACGCCCCUGAGCGGAUGAAGACCUUGGUCCAGGCUAUUUGGCUUGCGAUGGCGGGAAUUGGGUCGUGCUUGGCGCUUGCGUUUACGCCGCUAACGAGAGACCCCCAUCUGGUUACUAUGUACGCGAUUUUGUCCGGGCUUUUGGGCGGCGCGACUGUUUUGUUGUGGGUGCUUUUUAGGAAUGUGGAUGAUGUUAAGAAGGAGAGUGAGUGAUGGAAUCGAUUAUAGGGGGUUUUAGUGUGCUAAAUGUGGAAAGGGGUAGCCUAGAGUGAGGGGUU